AUGUCGAAAAAAGGAGGAAGAAAUUCAAACACGACGAAGAAGGUUGUUAAAACGACGACGACGACGACAUCUUCUUCUGCGGGGUCCAACAACAACAAUAACAAUAUUAAUAAAAGAAACGGAGGAGUUCAAAAGAACAAAGCGGUGGCGGAUCCGACCGCGGCGAACGCAACUUCUUCCUCCCAUCCGUUCCAAGACUUGGGCGUGAAAGAGUUAGACCCAGAGUUGUUUGCCAUCAUGCAAAACGAAAAGGAAAGACAAGCUUUGGGGUGCGAACUGAUCGCCUCGGAAAAUUUUACAUCGAAAGCGGUGAUGGAAGUGAACGGUUCGUGCUUGACGAAUAAAUAUUCCGAAGGUUUACCCGGUGCCCGAUAUUACGGUGGCAACGAGUUCAUCGAUCAAACGGAAAGCUUGUGCCAAAAACGGGCCUUGGAGUUGUACGGGUUAAACCCGAGCGAAUGGGGCGUAAACGUGCAGCCGUUGUCGGGAUCUCCGGCGAACUUUGCGGUGUAUACCGCGUUGUUGAACCCGCACGACAGAAUCAUGGGUUUGGAUUUACCACACGGCGGUCACUUGACGCACGGAUUCUACACGCCGAAGAAGAAGAUCUCCGCGACGUCGGUGUACUUUGAGUCCAUGCCGUACCGAUUGAACGAGGAAGGUUGGGUCGAUUACGACAAGUUGCACGAGAACGCGACGUUGUUCAGACCGAGAAUUAUCAUUGCCGGUGCCUCGGCGUAUCCGAGAAACUACGAUUACAAGAGAAUGCGCGAGAUUUGCGACGAUGUCGGCGCAUACUUGAUGUCCGACAUGGCGCACAUCUCCGGUUUAGUCGCGGCAAAAGUAGCGGACGAUCCUUUCGAAUACUCGCACGUUGUCACGUCGACGACGCACAAAUCCUUGAGAGGGCCGAGAUCUGGGAUCAUUUUUUACCAAAAAGAGUUCGAGCAAGCGAUUAACUCUGCAGUCUUCCCGGGAUUACAAGGCGGUCCACACAACCACACCAUCGGCGCUUUGGCCGUGGCGUUGAAAGUGGCAAACACGCCGGAAUUUAAAGAGUACCAAAAGCAAGUGUGCUCGAACUGCAAAGCCUUGGCGAAGAAACUCACGGAGUUAGGGUAUAGCUUAUCCUCUGGCGGGACGGACAACCACUUGAUCUUGUGCGAUUUGAGACCGAAAGGCAUCGACGGUGCGCGCGUGGAGAAGAUUCUCGACAUGGCGCACAUCACUUUGAACAAAAACUCCGUCGUAGGUGAUACGUCUGCGCUCAUUCCGGGCGGUAUUAGAAUUGGAACGCCGGCGAUGACGACUAGAGGCAUGAAGGAGGCUGAUUUCGUGAAAGUUGCCGAGUUUAUUGACCGAGGCGUUACGAUUGCGAGCGAGUGCAAAGCCUCGGUGACGACUGGAACAAAGUUGAAAGAUUUCAAAGCAUACGUCGAGGGCGCUGAUUGCAAACAAAGCGGCGAUAUCGCCAAGUUACGCACGGAUGUUGAGGCGUACUGCGGCGCGUUCCACAUGCCGGGUGGCGUUUACUAG